AUGAAGGAGUGCAUCGACAAUUGCCGCGAAUGCGAGAGGAUCUGCCUAGAGACCAUUCCGUACUGCCUGUCGAAAGGUGUGAACUUUCAUUACCCCCUUUCCGGCUCACAACAACAGAAUUGCGCGGCCAUGUGCAACGUCUCCGCGCGCUUCAUGAUCAGCCGCAGCCGGCUGCACGUGCGCACGUGUGCGGUGUGCAGGGAGGUGUGCGAGGCGUGUGCGGAGGACUGUGAGGGGCUGAUGGGGGCGGAUGACGAGUGCAUGCGCAGCUGCGCCGAGGCCUGCCGCAUGUGCGCCACGACCUGCGCAGAUAUGGCGACCCGCCGGCCUUAA